CAUUUUGAGCACAACAUCCCCGCCCAGUUUCCCCGGGAGGACAGGACGGCUGGUUCGGUAGAAAGAACAGGGAAAUGAAGUUGUCAGACAGGCUAGCCCAGUAGCAGCAGCAGCUCGCUCUGUUCAACUAGGACAUUUGGUGACAGCAGUUAUAAAGAAGUUUACCUGGCAGAACAGCUAUGCUUAUUAUGCCCAGUUAGUAAAGGUUACGUGGCUACAGGUCAGGAUAGCGUUUCAGACUUGAAAAAGUUAGGCUGAUAAAGAAAGUGUUGACAACUUGCUAUCCAUCCUGCUAACUAACCUCUAACAACCGGACGUCUUUCGGUUUCUGAACUUCACUCGUCCCUAAAGGAGGUGCUGUGUGGAACAGGUGAUAAGGAACCUCAGACUGAAGCUGUGGCUCAGCUUGCACAAGAGCUUUACAACACCAAUCUUCUUAUUGCACUCAUUGCAAACCUGCAGAAGAUUGAUUUUGAGGGCAAAAAGGACGUGGUUCAUUUGUUUUCCAAUAUUGUGAGACGUCAGAUUGGCACUCGCACACCCACAGUCGAAUACAUUUCUACACACCAACAGAUCCUCUUCAUGCUUCUGAAAGGAUAUGAGAGUGCAGAAGUGGCUCUGAACUGCGGCAUGAUGCUGAGAGAGUGUCUGCGUCACGAGCCUUUGGCCAGGACGGUGCUCUUCUCUGAGGAUUUCUUCUGCUUCUUCCGCUACGUGGAGCUCUCCACCUUCGACAUCGCCUCCGAUGCCUUCGCCUCGUUCAAGGAUCUACUCACAAGACACAAGAUCAUGUGUGCAGAUUUCUUGGAGAACAACUACGACAGGGUGUUUACGGAGUACGAAAAACUUCUGCAUUCUGACAACUACGUUACCAAACGGCAGUCUUUGAAGCUGCUUGGGGAGCUUCUUCUUGAUCGACACAACUUUACCGUCAUGACAAAGUACAUCAGUCGGGCCGAGAACUUGAAACUGAUGAUGAACCUGCUGAGAGACAACAGUCGUAACAUCCAGUUUGAAGCAUUCCACGUCUUUAAGGUAUUCGUUGCAAACCCCAACAAGACCCAGCCUGUGCUGGACAUCCUGCUGAAAAACCAAACCAAGCUGGUGGACUUCCUGAGCCACUUCCAAACAGACAGGUCGGAGGAUGAGCAGUUCUGUGACGAGAAAAACUAUCUGAUCAAGCAGAUCCGGGACCUGAAGAGACCCACGGCGCCGGAGGAGGCUUAAGGCUGAACGGGAGGACUGCUCGGUGGUAUCAGGUGGUAGAUUAUACAGGUGGUGGUUUGGGCUGCAGAUGGCUGAGCGAGUGUAAAGAAGAGAAAAAACUAAAAUAAAAAUCACAAGCAUUUUAAGAAUUAAUUUUAAGUCAAAGCAAUAGGAAAUAAAAUGUUACUUCCUUUUUACUUUUUGGUUUAGUGUUGAUAUAAAGGUGAUUGAUCCAUCGGCAUGAGUGGGCCCAGAACUGUUCUGUAACCCACAGUGUUUCUUAUUUAGUGACAAUAAAAAGGCCUUUCCUCUGUUCACGUAAAGUCAGACCUUAAACUGUUACCCUCUCACAGACAUGGUUUCUGGCAAAGACCAGAACCAUCUCUGUGGUGUUCUCAGUCCUUUUUUAAAGAAUUUAUCUCUGUUUUAGAGAGUGAAUUAUUGAGAAGUAAAAAAAUAUUAUUUUUCUAAUGUAUCUUGGAGGUAAACUGCUUACUCUGAGCGCUUCAAUUUGCUUGAUUAUUUGCCUUAUUGUGUGUUUGUGCAGGGGCUGAAAUGACUCUUAGAGACGUGGCCUUGGCAGGAUGAUGUGAGGGAUCUGAUUGGUACAUCAGUGGUGAUAAUUUGAGUGGUUGUUUGUGUUUUUGCCAAUGUGUUAGCCGUCACAGGAAGUGUAAAUCCAAACCGUUGAGGAAUCAAACUCUUUUUUUUUUUUUUUUUUUUUUCCUGAUGGGGCCCAGCAGCGCUUACAUGACUGAAA